AUGCCAUCAAAAGCAGCUCCCGAAAAAAAACAAACUCAUCCAGCUGUUGGUGCAGCACCAAUUCAGCGACGACUGAGUCAAUCGCAUCGUGGCUCAGUUACAGAUGCUCGAGAUGAUGAUCAAGAAUUAGGCAAUAUGCCAACAAAUUAUAUGGGUGAACAUAAUUUUUUCGGUCGUCAAGAGGAUCAAUUAAAAUUAACCGAUGCUGAACUAAAUGAAGAACAUACUCGAAUUCUUACUGCGCGUAAUCCUCAAGCAGCUGAAAAUAUUGUUCGCUUUAGUCAUAAAGAACGGAUGUUUAAACUUAUUCCACAUGUUGAUCAGUUAGCUGUUCAUUUUCAACUUGAUAGUCAUCUUGUUCAUAAAGAAUCGGAAGAAGGAAAACGACAAUUAAUGCUUGAUAGCGAAGAUGUUAAAAUUCAAGAAGUUGAAGUAACAACAUCAGCAGCUGGUCCAGAUGGAGAAACAUCAAAAGAAGGAGACGAAGACGAUGACGAAAAAGCAAAGAAAAUAACAGCUUCAUCUGGUAAAUCAAAAAAGUUGACCAAUCAAUUUAACUUUAGCGAGCGAGCAUCUCAAACAUAUAACAAUCCAUCACGGGAUCGUGAAACAUUUGUUGAGCAAACACCACGCGCUAGCUUUGCUGAUAAUGUAUCCCAAUGGUCAAUAUCGGAUGCAUACAAUGAAGAUUUUGAACAUCAACAAAAAGCCAAAGAAAAAGAACAAAAAAAACUCGUAGUAAAAAAGGAAGAUGAUCGAAAGAAAAAAUUUGUUGCUGUUGAUCAACACGGUGUUGAUGAUAUAACAAAAUUGUCUCGAUCGAAAUCGGCAAGUUUAUCAUUGAAAAUCGUCGAGCGAAUGAUUAAUCAAAAUACAUUCGAUGCUAUCGCUCAAGACUUUAAAUAUUGGGAAGAUGCUGCUGAUGAAUAUCGUGAACAAGGCGGAAGUCUUUUGCCAUUAUGGCUAUUUCAAUACGAUAUGGUAAAAAAACUUGCCUGUACAAAUUUGACUUGGAAUUCACAUUAUAACGAUUUAUUUGCUGUUGCUUUUGGUUCAUAUGACUUUCUCAAACAAAGUCGUGGCAUGUUUGUUAUCUAUUCAUUGAAAAAUCCAAGUUUUCCAGAAAACAUUUUCCCGACUGAUAGUGGAGUUAUGAGUUUGGAUUUUCAUCCACAUUAUUCCAAUCUGCUAUGCUGUGGUUUUUAUGACGGUUCAGUCGCUGUUUAUAAUAUUGCCGAUGAAAAUAAACAACCAAAAUAUCAUAGCACGUCUCGUAAUGGCAAACAUACAGAUCCUGUUUGGCAAGUCUCCUGGCAAAAAGAUGAUUUAGAUAAUAAUCUUAAUUUCUUUUCGGUUUCAUCCGAUGGUCGUGUUGUCUGUUGGACAUUAAUUAAAAAUGAUCUUACGUAUACAGACGUUGUUCAAUUAAAAUUAGAGAAACCUGCAAAUCAAACAGAAGAGGGUUUUCCAUUAAUUUCAUUAGGAUGCGGAACCUGUUUUGAUUUUAAUAUACAACAAGAUUAUUUAUUUAUUGUUGGCACAGAAGAAGGGAAAAUACAGAAAUGUUCAAAAUCUUACAACAAUCAAUUUCUGGAUACAUUUGAUGCUCAUCAUAUGGCUGUUUAUGCUGUACGUUGGAAUAAAUUUCAUCCAAAAGUUUUCGCUAGUUGCUCAGCUGAUUGGAGUGUCAAAAUUUGGGAUAUUAACUAUCAAGAGCCAUUAUUUGUCUAUGAUCUUGGCAGUCCUGUUGGUGAUGUUGUUUGGGCACCUUAUUCGUCAACUGUAUUUGCUGCAUGCACAGCCGAUGGAAAAGUCUACGUGUUUGAUUUAAAUGUGAAUAAAUAUGAACCACUUUGUGAACAAAUGGUCGUACAAAAGAAACGUACAAAAUUAACACAUAUUACAUUUAAUCAACAUUAUCCUAUUUUACUUGCUGGUGACGAUCGAGGAAAUGUAACAUCAUUGAAACUUUCACCAAACUUACGCAAAAGACCUAAAGCUAAGAAAGGUCAAGAAAUAAUUGAUGGACCAGAAGCUGAAAUUGCAAAAUUAGAGAAAAUUCUUUCGCUUAUUCGCGAUCCGGAUGAUGUUCGAAAUAAAUCAACAGCACAGCAAGGUGCAACAACUGCAGUAUCAGGAGCGAAUUAA